AUGCAGAACCUUCCUCACCGUCGCGGCGGCGAUGCUGGGGCUCAGGCCGCAUCAUCACAAGCCGCAUCAUCACAAACCGCACCAAAUGCACCAGCCGCAUCACAUUCACAAGUCGCUCCCGCAGGUAUCAAGCCCAUCAGAGCAGCAGGGGAAACUCUGUCCUCAGAAGCAUGUAGCAACAGCGCCCACACGCCUUCUGACGAUGCUCCCACCGCGUCGUUCAUUGUUCAGGACGUAGAGGCACGCCUUUUUGGACGGGUUCCCGGUUCAGAGUGGAACACAUAUCAAAUAACCCCUUCUGGGUGGGGUAUCCUCCGAAGACUUCUUGAAGACAGUGUCAAUGGCGGCAAAUUGCGGUGCGACUAUUUCUCCAAGACCCAAACCUUUGUUCAUCGAAUGCUUUCCCUUACCCACGAAAUAACCUGUGGCUCUUUCGCUGCGAUCCUCUUCAGAGAGCUCGGGACGAUAUGCCAGGGUACACCAGAAGAAAGGCGGUUCUUGCUCAGCGUUACAAGCCGUAGAUCUAGCACUUUGAAGGGCAAACAAGACUCGGAUUCCCAUGAACCAGAUGAUUUCUUCUCCUCUGUCGAUAAACUAUCUUACGGUUUUACUCUAGAGGUGGCAUAUUCGCGGAAGUCAAAACAGCUCGAGAAUCUAGCUCAAUUCUACCUUUUCGAAACCUCGCUACAGAUCCAAAAGGUUGUUGGCAUUUCUCUUGACUAUAAUCACUCCAAGAGAGUCACCUUGCACGUCUGGCAACGCGAAAAUGGUGAUAUAACCACCAGUAGCCGACUUCAGCACUAUUCUCAAGAAGUGCGAACUGAGACUGGCACGCGAGUCUCUGGCCCUCCUCUUCAAAUUUCUAUGUUCGACAUAGCACCACCGUCCUUGGUACCGUCCUCCCUCCAUGGCGUAUCUGUUCAGUUUCCGCUUGAUGAACUCUGGGAUAAAAUCGAGUCAGCAGAGCUCGAAACCGCGCGUCUGGAGAGCUUGGAUGGCCUGGACUGCAACGAUGGCGACUCUUCCGAAGAAGGUGAAAAUAAAGACAACGCAGGUACUGGGAGGGUUGAUGAAGAUUACGUUCCAAGCCGAGCCGGCGGUGAGAGCCCUAAGUCAGGUCGGUCCCCAAUUCGAACCCGUACUCGAACUGCCGGUGCGGCCAACAAAUAA